ACGAACGUUUUAUAGAUUAGAUUCAAAAGCCAUUUAAUCCGAUUAUAUAAAGAUUUGCGUAUAGAUCGCGAGUACACAGUUAUUCGUGGUCAUUUGGACAUGGAGGUAACGGUGGCAUUCUUUAUCGGCCUUUUAGCCGUAACACUCGCACAUCCUUUAAGGGAAAGCGUGCACGAUACUUUCGAAACGCGUGACAGCGGAGAUGUAAGGUUUUACUUGUACACUUCUUCAAAUCCUGAAGAACCACAAGAACUUCGCAUAAACGACAUUGAAUCAGUGCAGAAAUCGCACUUCGAUAAAACACGCCAUACGAAGGUAAUAAUCCACGGCUGGGGUGGUUCCUAUUUGACUUCACCAAAUGGCUUAGUACGCCGUGCAUAUCUAUCCCAAGAGGAUUACAACAUAAUUUCGGUCGAUUGGCAAAUAUAUGCCGCAUUAAAUUAUUUCUCAGCACGUGCGAAAGCACCGGCUGUCGGUGAAGCGAUAGCGGAGUUGUUGGACUUCCUGAAAGUGGAAUUUAACCUAAAUUAUGACAAAGUUGUGGUGGUGGGGCACAGCUUGGGAGCACAUGUGGCCGGCUUUUGCGGUAAGAGUGUGAAAGGUGGUAAGAUUGCUGGCAUUGUUGGUUUAGAUCCGGCCUCUCCGCUCUACAACUACAACGAACUGGAAUUCCGACUGUCCAGCAAUGAUGCCAAAUUCGUGCUCAGCAUUCAAACAAAUGGUAGCUUAAAGGGUUUCGCUGAACCAAUUGGUGGUGCGACUUUCUAUCCGAAUUGGGGUCUCAAACAACCUGGCUGCGGCGCCGAUAUCAGCGGCACCUGUUCACACGGACGCAGCGUAACAUUGUAUGCUGAAGCCUUGCGCGGCUACGCUUUUACGCCGAUGUAUGAGUGUGGAGAUUAUGAAGAAAUUAAAGCGAAAUCUGGCUGCAACACAAGUGUACGGGGUUUGGAAAUCGGUGACCCUCUGCAAAUAGCACAAAAGGAGGGCAUAUUUUAUUUUACAACAAACGCCGAGUCGCCGUUUGGAGUUUUGGACGAAAGAAGUUUGCCACAAAAGAAGAUCAGAGAUUAAAUAUAUAUGUAAUUUCUAUUAUAGACUUGAACGAUAUGCGAUAAAAGUGUAAUAAAGAUGACCGAAUACCGUUGUAUGCCUGGCAAACAUUGAGUAUGUCGGG